CGGGAGCGCGAUGAUCAUGCUGUUCAUGUCCAAACCAGGCCACUGUCUAGGAGGUGGCGGUGGAGAUGGGGAACGUCUCCGCCGAAGAGGCCCCUGUGACAGCCGAUCUGACCAUGAAUGCCUCCGCCAAUGAGACCUCUGUGACGGAUGAUGUGAGCAUGAAUGUCUUGAUGAUGAGGAAUGCCGAACGGGAGGCAUCGGGCUUGGCGUGGAGUGAUAUCUUUCUUGGAGACGAUGGGGGAGACGAUGGUGUUGUCAGUGCGGAUGGUGAAGUAUUGCCCGUCGAGGUAUGGGCGCCAGACUGUGAGGGCGAUGGCGAAGUCGGAGGCGUCAGUGGUGACAUAGAAAUGGCGAGUGGGGUCGGCGAUCUUGAGGACAGGGGCCGUGGUGAUGGUUUGCUUGAGCUUGUCCUUGCGGGUGAGUUCGUGGAAAGGGUAAGAGAUCUCGGAAAAGUUGCGAAUGAAUGGGCGGUAAUAGUUGGCAAGGCCAAGGAAGGAACAGAGUUGGAGGAGGGUCUUGGGUGGGGGGUACUAGACGAGGGCUGUGACCUUCGAGGGGUCCAUACAGAUGCCUUUAGCGGAGACAAUAUGGCCGAGGUAUUCGACGCUCGAAGCGGCAAACGUACAUUUGCUGAGCUUGGCGUAGAAUUUUUGCUCUCGGAGGAUCGCGAGGACUUGGCGGAGGUGCUGAAGGUGGGACUCGAAGGUGGGGCUGAAGACAAGGAUGUCAUCAAGGUAGACAACGACACAGACUUCAAGGAGGUUGCGGAAGAUGUGGUGGAUUGGAAGGUAGCGGGGGCAUUGGUGAGUCUGAAUGUCAUCACGAGGAGCUCGUAGUGCCCGAACCGAGAGCGGAAGGCGGUCUUGUGAGUGUCCUCCUCGCGGAUACGGAUCUGGUGGAAGCCACUACGAA